AACAAAGCCCUUAUACUUGGCUAAUUAUGGCACAUGUUUAGUCCGGUUUGGCGUCGAGAAGCUUAAAUCGAGACCCUGACCCGGGCGUCUUCGAUCCGCCUGUCUGCGAUCCGUUUGGCGGACUAUGUACCUACGCUCCGGCUGGGCCGUCCCGCACUCUGCUAGCCAGCCAGCAUGAAACGCUUUUCUCAACCACAGUUCUGCAGAAGAGAGAUAUUUACCAGAAUUUCACACUCAGGAUGAUGUAAGGGCAGCAAGUGAAAUACCCAACCCUCAGGCAACCACGCUUUUAAAACGCCGCCGAGUGGCCUCUGCGGACUGAGAUAGCCAUCCAGCAAGAUUUCCAGACCGCGCUCGAUCAAUACCACCACAAUGCGCCUCUUUCUCGCCGUCGCGCUCAUCACACUCUUCUUCACGCUGGCCGUCCUAGCCAUCAAGCCGCGCAGCGAGUCCCAGCUCGAGCCUCAGACGGAGCACCGCGUCGAGCCGCAGACGACAGAGCCGCAGAUCCAUCGCCCGACCACUCGUCCGGUCAAGCACAGGGCCAAGCGCAGAGUCAAGCGCAGGGCUAAGCCCGAGACUGAGGCCCAGCUCGACACUACGGACGGGUACAGCAGUUCUGAUUUCGAAGACGGGUUUGAUGGGAAGGAAUUCAAAUGCACGAGUCGCCGCGGAGGCUGCAUGCUCACGGGCGAGUGCUGCGGCUUCCUCGAGUGCCAGGACUUCCCCGACGGCUCGCGGAAAUGCGACUAUCCGGAACGCUAUCCGCCUCGUGGUGUUUGA